AAGCCAAAGAACAACAAUGGAAGGUUGAAUGAUCUGCACGUGCCUCCGGAGCCACGGGUUACAGAGCCCUGUUUUGGAUUGUCAGGGUUGAAACAAUAGUUUGGACAAAACUAUUUUUCUUUUAUAAAUCUGUAUAUUUACAGUUUAGGUUAAAUACAUUUUCAGGAAAAAUUUAAGAGAUUCUAAUUUAAUUUAAUUAAUCAAAUUCCUUUUUAUGUUGUUUUUACUGAAAAAUCCUGAAGUUAGGGCUAACUGUAGAUCAUCAAAACUUUAGGUUUAGCUUUUUUUUGUUUUUUUUGUUUUCAUGACCAACAAAUUCAAUCUGUCCUGAACUUUGCAGACUCAUUUUUUUCUUUAUCCAUCUAUUAUUUGACGCAAGAAUUGUUUAGAUUAAGAAUACAUUUACAGGUCAUAUUAGAAGUUUUAAAGAUAAAUGCAGCAGCCUUCCUGGAAAUAUCUCUGACUUAACCCUGGUGUUGGAAAUCUGCUCCGUUUGUAAAGUAGUGCAAGACUGAACUAUUUUAAAAAGGUUAUUUUAAAUAUAAGUUUUCCAUCAUUUAAGUAAAUAUUUGCUACCUUUUAGUGAGUAAAGCUUGGAUAACGUAAAAAAACAAACACCAAUUCUGUUUUCUUGUGGGACAGCAAUACAGACAAUAAUGUUGAGGAUAACAAUCUAAAGUAGAAUAUCAAAUUUUAAAGUUGUGACAGACCAACAUUGAUUUUUGUAAAAAGUAUUAUUCCAUAAUUCUGUGAUGAAGUGAUCAAAUAACUUUAAAAAAUGAGUCCAACGGCUAAGUCACAAUCUGUGCUCAUGGCUUUCUUGGAAACGAACAAUGCCAUUGACAUUGAGGUCUUUUUAUUUUAACUCUUUUUAAAGUUGAUUACAUAAAAGGCAUAGUUACAUUUAAAAAAAAGAGUGACUCUUUAGAGUUGAGCAAGUUUCAGAUUCUCCAAAAGUUCUACACUGAGUUCAGCUUCUGACCCAUUUCCACAAGAACUUUCACUUGUCGAUAUGUUUUGGGAGAACGUGUGAUUCAGUGACACUAAUGGCAUGUUCUAGAGUUUAAAAGUGGUGUCUUUGACACCCAAUAGGCCCACAGUAAUCCACCAGGUGCCGUAUUGAGGCCGCAUCUUCUUGUUGCAUUAUGGCCUGUGUUCUUCUGGGUCUCAGGAGUCCUUUUCGUGUUGUGAUGCUACACAAAAGUCUUUGGAUUUUUCUAGGAUGGGCGUGUCAUUUGUUCACAAUGUGUACAAAAAGCUCUGGAAGAUUCUAUUUAAAGGUUACAGCCUGAAGCCAUAACAUGCACGAAAAGGGAUCCCUUACAACACUUGUAUUCUCCGUUACAGUGAGACUUUAUCGUGUAAACAGAUCUCAGAGGUGAACCCUUGAGAUCAAAUCACUCAUCCUUGUCUUUCCUUGGCCUAUUAAGAUCUUUGUUUAAGUGUACACAUUAUGGUUUACAAUGAUGGAACUAGGUGUGAUGAUGGCCAUUAACGUGAUCCAAUAACCCAAUUAUUUAGGCCAGUAGCACGAGGUCAAGAACACAACCAUGCUGUGGGAAAACUGAAAGAAUAAUUAAAGUUUUUACCAAAAAUUUAUUCUGGAUUUUAUCUUUGCAGAUGCUUAUGCGUGGAGGUUCAAUGGUUUUAGGCCACACAAAUAAUUACAUCCAUUCCUUGUUUAAAGUCAGUGAUAAAUUUUGCAUAACUCAUAACACUUGGAAAUGUUCUUUCUGUUUUGCCACAACCCUAAAACAUCCAUGAAAACAGUUAAGAAAAUCACUCUUUAUCAGGAACUUUGUUUAAAAAGUGGGCCACAUGAUGUCUAAUUCAGAGGCUAAGAAACCUCAUCAACAUCACAGUAAAUAAAACCAGAAGUCACAUUGAUUUACGACUUGGAGACAUUGGUGUGAUUGUUAAUAUUCCACUUUUUCUGUGUGCAUUUUAAUGCUUCUUAACACACAACAUUUUUUAGGUUAUUUUAUAAAAAACUAGAUGUUUGUUUGUUCCUUAAGCUUUAUUUAAUUUACAAACUGAUUAAAAUUGUUGAAAAUUUGACUUUAAUUGGAUUUGAAAAAAAAAAUGGAAUUUUUUAGAUAAUUUGAUGAAUAAACAAUGGACAGUAAACAGAUUGUGCUUUCACCAAGGCAACACAUGUGAUCAGUUCUCAAAAAAAUGAAAUUCAAAGCCCAGUUCAGGUUGCCACAUUGUCCUCCCUCUUCCUCCCAUGAGAGAAUAACAGUAUAAAUGGACGGAUGUGCGACCAGAAUGUAGGAUGUGCAACAGAAGGACCUACAGAUCCGCAAUGGAAACUACAAAACUGGUCAUCAUUACAGUGCUACUUGGCCUGAUUUUACAGGCUAAUGCCCAAACACCAUCUGCCUGCAUUCUAAGCCCAACAAACAGAGCCCCAGAAAAUACUGACAUCAACGUAACCUGCGGGACCCAGUACAUGGACCUGAGUAUUUACAUCUGUCCAAUGUACCAAGCGCUUUACAACGAGUCUCUGAUGGUUGUGAAUAAUCAACUCACUAACAGCCUGUGCUACGGGACAGCUGACUUCACUGUGACACCACCCGUUUUAAGGUUCCGAUUCCCAAUCAAUGAAUCAAGUGCCUCAGCUUGCGGAAAUGUGUACAAGGUUACAAGUCAGGUUGGAAGUGGAGCCUUUGCUGACUUCUCAAAUGUCCAGUAUGUGAACAUCUCUGGCACCGUGAAUUCCAUUGACCCCUCUGCAGGUGCCAUCACCUAUCGUCCUCAGAUUAUGUACAAGUAUUCCUGCAACUACCCUAUGCAGUACCUUCUCAACAACACACAGAUUGGGGUAUCAGGUGUAAACAUUGCCAUACGAGACAACAAUGGUAGCUUCGUCAGCACACUGAGCAUGCAGCUUUAUCAGGAUGCAAAUUACCAACAGGUUCUGACCGUUCCACCAACAGGGAUCAACCUCAAAACCAAGAUUUAUGUUAAUGUUAAAGCCACCAAUCUGACAGACAGGUUUAACUUGCUGCUGGAUCGGUGUUACGCCACAACCAGCCCCUAUCCUGUGCUAACCACCUAUUAUGACCUUUUUGUGGGAUGUAACCGUGACGCGCAGACAAAGAUAGAGCUCAACGGGGUUUCACAGUCGGCACGCUUCUCAUUUGAGGCCUUCAGAUUUGUGGAGCACAAAAACCUGACGGUUUCUACUUUCUACCUGCACUGUGCCACCAGACUCUGUGAGGCUUCCACCUGUGCCUCAUUACUGCCUAAUUGUGGAACCACCCAAAACAGGAGAAGGAGGGAGGCAGAGAUGGUGCCGACCAACACGACGAUCACCUCUCCUCCCAUAGUCGUCGGUGUAAAGAGCGCUGAACCGGAGCCAUUCGCUCUCUAUGGAGCAGCUGCUCCACCUGCGAUGGUCUGCAGUAGUCCCCUGUUGGGCUCAUUACUGUCAUUACUGCUGUUUUCGUGGCUGCCCUAAACACAUCCUGUGGAGAAAAAGAUGCCUGAUAGGGGUGUGUUUUGUCAUUGACAUUAUUGACCUUUGCAUGCAAUAAUAAAUGUUAAUAAAUAAUCAUUUUGAUGUGAAGGGCUUAAUAUGUGUAUAAUAAACAUGUGGACUCAAGUUAGAUUUAAUUAUUGAAAAUAUUUAUUAGGAGUCUGAAGAAUAGCUAUUCUGUAAAUGUUUUCAAUGAGCAUGAUGGGAAAACAUUUGUCUGCAUAAAACCUAUUUUUGAUUGUUUUUGACCAAAGACAUGCACAUAGAUGAAAUAAGAGAUGUAAAGGUGGUUGAUGUUUAUGUUUGAUAUGUGGAUUUUUUUGUUGUUGUUAGAUUGUAACAUUUUUCUUUUGUGCUUUUUAAAAAAAGUUUCUC